AUGGCCUCGGCUGCGACGCCUGCGCCUUUGCUCCCCGUGACCAGCACCGCUGCCGGCGGCGGCUCCGCGACUGGCCUCUCCGACGCGGCGCUCGCCACGCCGGCCUUCCGCCUCUUCGUCCGCCUUCUCCAGGCCCGACUCCUCUCCGAGGCCACCUCGCGGCUGCGCCGCAACCUCGGCUACUUCCGCGUCAACUACGCCGCCGUCGUCGCCUUCUCCCUCGCGGCCUCGCUCCUGGCGCACCCCUUCUCCCUCCUCGUCCUCCUCGGCAUCCUCGGCGCCUGGUGCUUCCUCUACGUCUUCCGCGCCCCCGACCAGCCCGUCGUGCUCUUCGGCCGCACCUUCACCGACCGCGAGACGCUGCUCGGCCUUGUCGUCGCGUCUGUGCUCGCCUUCUUCCUCACCUCCGUGGCUUCGCUCAUCAUCUCCGGGCUGCUUGUCGGGGGCGCCAUUGUCGCCGCGCACGGCGCCUGCCGCGUUCCAGAGGACCUCUUCCUUGAUGAUCCGAGCGCUGCGUCCAAUGGAAACACCACCAGCAGGCUCAUCUCCUUCCUCGCGUCGCCCGGAUCUGGGGUUUGA